GCGCACUCUUGAUGUGUCAAUUUUCUAAAAUCAAAUGUGUCCGGAGAGGUUAGGUUUUUAAAAAUAGAAAUUUAUUUUUAACGAAGCAAAUAAAAAAUAAUUUGGUAACGUAAAGUGUGAUUUUACGCCGGGAUGAAGAUAAUCACAAGAAGUGUAACUUUGGCUCUGGGUUUGUCUGUUUGUGGCAUUUCGGGGUAUUUACUGUACCUUUUAUUGAAAAAGGACGAAGAUGACGAUUAUAGUGACACACUAAGCCGCAGUUCGAAAUUCAAAAUUUUGGAAGUUCCGGUUCACAAAGACAUGGUUAAAGUCCUCAUCGGGCGUGGGGGGAAAAACAUCAAACUGAUUCAGGAACAGUCAAACACCCGCAUUAAUUUCAAGGAUCGCGAGGGUCAUGAUGAAACAAUUUGUGUGAUUAGAGGCACAAUUGAGGCUUGUAACAUUGCGGAAAACUUGGUGGCUGAAUUUAUAAAUAAUCAACCGGUGCUUGAAUGUGAGGACGUUUUUGUGCCCCAGGGGUGCAUUGCGAGGAUCAUCGGUCGUGAUGGUGAACGAAUUCGGCAGAUUUGUUGCAGGUCGGGGGCGAAAGUGACAGUGGAUGACAACAGGGCGGCUGCCACUAGAAGAGUCACAAUUAAGGGUACUAAGGAACAAAUCGUCGUUGCUAAAUCCUUAAUUGAGGAAAUCGUGGAAGAGUCUCAAAAAAUCCAAGGCCAGAUUGAGGCAAGCCUCGCCAAACGCGAACCCCGCCUCCCGCCCAGGUCCAGUGAGAGCCCCAAACCGGCCGAGAGCCCCAAAGUCGAAAGAAUUUCACCAGUACCAGGUCAACCGGACGCGCAAUUCGAGGUGUACGUCUCGGCCAUGGUGGACCCGUCCCGCUUCUGGCUGCAAAUCGUGGGCCCCAAAGCCACUGAACUCGACGUCCUCGUCGAGGAAAUGACCGAAUAUUACCGCAAACAAGAAAACCGCGAAUCUCACAUUUUGAAUAAAGUGACUAAGGGGGAUCUUGUCGCUGCUGUGUUCCAAUACGACAGCAAAUGGUACCGCGCUGAAGUGCUUAGUCUCAGUGAUGACAAUCCGCCUCAAGCCGAACUCUACUAUGUUGACUAUGGGGACACGGAUUUGGUUCCUGUUGACGAAUUGUAUGAAUUGAGGACGGAUUUUCUUCGACUGCAUUUCCAAGCAAUCGAGUGUUUUCUGGCACGAGUUGAUCCUGUAGGAGAGGGCUGGUCGGUGGAAGCUGUUGAUAAAUUCGAAGAGUGGACACAUGUGGCACAAUGGAAGAAACUCUCAGCGAAAAUCAACGGGUAUUGUGUCAGGGAGAAGACAAGGGCGAAGCGGGAGGGCUCUCCUGUCCCCGGUGUGGAUUUGUUUGAUGUGAAUGGUGAAAAAGACGUGGAUAUCGCGCAAGAAUUGGUAAAUCAUGGGUUUGCUGUUUUUAAAAGAGAUGCUGAUUUGAGACCCAGCAGUCGGGCCACCAGUGUUAGUAAUAUUAGUGUAGCUUCUAGUUCGUAGAUUUUUUUACCCAAAUUUUCCGAAAUAAAAUUGUUGUGCUAUGUGAAUGCCAAUUUUUAUCCUGCACAAAAGCAAUUUUUUUUAGAUUUUCAAGUUACUUAAGCAAUUUUACACCUUGUAGGUCUUCUACAAUUAAUUUAUUUUAAGAUUAAGUACAAAUAAUUUUAAUUUUUCAAUUUUACAAAUUAUUGUGUUUUAUUCAGAUAGAUUUUCGAAGUUUGUGCCUUAAUGAGUAUCUUCAACAUUAUUGUGAUCUUUUCUUAAGAUAUUGAUGAUUUUAUAUUUCGUUGAAUAAACCUUUUUAAGUUUCAA